CUUCAGCACUCCAGACCAGAGAUUCACGAGAUGCAUAGCGUUCUAAAGAUAGCUUUUAUACUAUGUGGCUUGCCGGCAAUCCGAUACGCGAUGGAUAGUAAAAUCGGAAUUGCUUUGCCAGAUUCGAAGCGGUUCAUUGAGGAGACGAACACAAAUGCAGUUGAUUCCGGUAGCGGCGGUUGGAAAAGAUCAGGGUCCCUAUUAAAACGGCCUCGUGAAGACUCAAUUUCAACUGCUUAUACAUGUCCACCAUCUCGUAAAGCAGCACUACGUUCAAAACAUGCUGUGAUUGUAAACGAUGAGAAUAAGAAUUUCAGGAUAAAUAGUGAACAAGUAGAAAAAGUUCAGCAGUGUUCCGAGGAAACUUUAGCUAAUUUCAAUAAUUGGAAGGCUGCCUUCUUGAAAUUGAAAUCAACUCAUGGCAAAAGUCUGAAAUUUAAAAACAAGCUGAACGCUCUAGUGGGAUCAGUCUCCAAUAUCUUUGAACAUAGAAUCACUGAGCUCAAAACUCGACCAUCCCGAAUAUAUUCAAACGGAAGGAAAUCUUCCGCAUAUCAUCUCUCUAAACCGAUUCCCCGGGAAUGGCUGAAUUCUGUUGCAGAAAUCGGCAAAAUUUGGGAGCCACUUGACCCAAAGAAUAAUAAAGCAGAAGAAUUUCUAAUCAAGAGAGGAGUUAAUCUGAUGAUUGAUUUCUUCAUUGACUUGCAGAGGCUUGAAAUCAUCCCAGAGGAGCAACUGUCUCAUUUCUUAAACAAGGAGAAUGAAGGAAAAUUAAUCUUGUCGUACGCCACUCAUGGAUUCCCGAGCUCUCAAUUAACCUUGGCCAAUGUUUACACCAAUUUUAACAUAAGACUGAGUCUUCAGGAAGGCACUGGUACAAAGAAAUUGAGAAACCUUUUGCAGCGUUAG